CCCCCUCUCUCCCUCCCUCUCUCUCCCUCCCUCAAUCUCUCCCUCCCUUCCUCAGAGCAUGCGUCCAUGAUGAGUGUUCCUCAGCCUGACCCGGAUGAGAUGCCCCCCUCCACCGUCACCCCUGUCACCACCCCCACCCUGAGCCCGACCCCACCAAUCACAGACGAGCUGGAGUGUAAGAUCUGUUACCAGCGUUACAAUGUCCACAACCGCAGGCCCAAGAUCCUGGACUGCCUCCACCGGGUGUGUGCCCGCUGCCUCAACAAGAUCCUGGACACGGGGGACGUCUUGGGCUGCAUUUCCUGCCCCUUCUGCCGACACGAAACAGAGGUCAGCGAAUACGAGGUGUCGGGCCUCCCCGACGACUCCAACGUCAUAUCCUGCCUGGCUGUCAGGGAUAAGUCCUGGAGCUCCGACCAAGAGGUGACCCUCACCCCCGAGAGCCUGUCCUCCACCUCCCCCUCGCUUCACUCCUCCAACUGCCUGGUGAUCACUAUCAUGGAGGUUCAGAGGGACACGGGGCACGGGGGCCUGGGCAGCUCAGACCACUUCACAGAGCACAGCCUGGACUCUAUCUCUGUGGGCUCCAACGGGCAGGAGGUUCAGGAAGCCCUGUCAAAGAUGUGUUCGCACGUCCCCCGGAUCCUGGUGUGGCUCCUGGGGUUGUUCUACUUCGGGUCCCUGCCCCUGGGCAUCUACCUGCUGGUGAUCCAGAGGGUGACGCUGGGCAUAGUCUGUGUGAGCCUGGUACCGUCCAGUCUGACUGUGUGUCUGGUCUAUGGGUUCUGCCAGUGUCUCUGCCAGGGCAUGUGUGACUGCUCGUCUAGGGGCUGACUGACUGACUCAACAAGGUACUGACUGAUGCUGGGGUUGGAGGGAGGUAAAAUACUGGACUGUUGGAAUCAACAUGGCGUCCUUUACUGUCCGAAUCUAACGACCAGCCGGGUUGGAGGGAGGGAAAAUACUGGACUGUUGGAAUCAACAUGGUGUCCUUUACUGUCCCAAUCUAACGACCAGCCGGGUUGGAGGGAGGGAAAAUACUGGACUGUUGGAGUCAACAUGGCGUCCUUUACUGUCCCAAUCUAACGACCAGCCGGGUUGGAGGGAGGGAAAAUACUGGACUGUUGGAAUCAACAUGGUGAGUCAACAUGGUGUCCUUUACUGUCCCAAUCUAACGUCCAGCCGGGUUGGAGGGAGGGAAAAUACUGGACUGUUGGAGUCAACAUGGUGAAUCAACAUGGUGUCCUUUACUGUCCCAAUCUAACGUCCAGCCGGGUUGGAGGGAGGGAAAAUACUGGACUGUUGGAGUCAACAUGGUGAAUCAACAUGGUGUCCUUUACUGUCCCAAUCUAACGACCAGCUGGGUUGGAGGGAGGGAAAAUACUGGACUGUUGGAAUCAACAGAACCUUCCAGGCAAACUGUCAAUAUGUCUCAGAACCUUACAGUCAAACUGUCAAUAUGUCUCAGAACCUUCAACUGUCAAUAUGUCUCAGAACCUUCCAGUCAAACUGUCAAUAUGUCUCAGAACCUUCGAGUCAAACUGUCAAUAUGUCUCAGAACCUUCCAGUGAAACUGUCAAUAUGUCUCAGAACCUUCCAGUCAAACUGUCAAUAUGUCUCAGAACCUUCCAGUCAAACUGUCAAUACGUCUCAGAACCUUCCAUUUCUAUAGGUUCGUUUUAUUUCCAUGUGCAACAACGGGGCCCUUUGGCAGUAAAGACAAGGGAGUUGCAGUUUCUAAUAGAUCAGAUCAGAGCAUUACCAUUUAGCCCAUCUAGUCCAGAGAAUCUGGAGACAAACAGGACCAUAAAGAUGUCUCCAUGUUCCCUCAACUGGGCCUCAGUACCAUUUAGCCCAUCUAGUCCAGAGAAUCUGGAGACAAACAGGACCAUAAAGAUGUCUCCAUGGUCCCUCAACUGGGCCUCAUUACCAUUUAGCUCAUCUAGUCCAGAGAGUCUGGAGACAUAAAGAUGUCUCUCUGUCUGCCUGUUCCCUCAACUGAGCCUCAGAACCAGCUGGCUGAGUGUUGUCCUGAGGCUCUAUGGGGUUGGUUUGGGUUAGUGAACUGAGCCUCAGAACCAGCUGGCUGACUGCUGUCCUGAGGCUCUAUGGGGUUGGUUUGGGUUAGUGAACUGAGCCUCAGAACCAGCUGGCUGACUGCUGUCCUGAGGCUCUAUGGGGUUGGUUUGGGUUAGUGAACUGAGCCUCAGAACCAGCUGGCUGACUGCUGUCCUGAGACUCUAUGUGGUUGGUUUGGGUUAGUGAACUGAGCCUCAGAACCAGCUGGCUGAGUGCUGUCCUGAGGCUCUAUGGGGUUGGUUUGGGUUAGUGAACUGAGCCUCAGAACCAGCUGGCUGACUGCUGUCCUGAGGCUCUAUGGGGUUGGUUUGGGUUAGUGAACUGAGCCUCAGAACCAGCUGGCUUAGUGCUGUCCUGAGGCUCUAUGGGGUUGGUUUGGGUUAGUGAACUGAGCCUCAGAACCAGCUGGCUGACUGCUGUCCUGAGGCUCUAUGGGGUUGGUUUGGGUUAGUGAACUGAGCCUCAGAACCAGCUGGCUGAGUGUUGUCCUGAGGCUCUAUGGGGUUGGUUUGGGUUAGUGAACUGAGCCUCAGAACCAGCUGGCUGAGGGGACUCUUGUUUCCUCUCAGUUAUUCUGUCUCUGAUCAAACAGACCAUGAGGAUCCCAGCUCUAGAGGUUCAUCUUGCCAGUAUAACUGACUGACUGUGAAAAGGACAACUACUUCACACAGGAGAUACGAUACAUCAUUGAAAUAAACAGAAAAUAAUGACUGUU